AUGGCAGGCAUGGCAGGAUACGCACCUCCAAAAUUUCGCGGUUUAGCUGGCGAAGAUCCAGCAGUAUUUAUAAGAGAUUUGCGACAAUGGUGUGAGGCUUCUCCCAAUCACAAUCCAAAUGCGGACAUCAAAACCGAAUUCGCAUUGAUGGACUGUUUGAAGCUUGUUUAG